AUGAAGAUCGCCUUCUUCUCCACGCACAGCUACGACAUCGAGUCGAUGGAGCGCGUCGCCAAGGAGGACGGCGUCACCCCCAAGCACGAGCUCAAGUUCCUCACCCCGCGUCUGGACGCCACGUCCGCCAAGCUGGCCGAGGGCUGCGAGGGCGUCUGCAUCUUCGUCAACGACGUGGCCGACGAGGCCGCUCUGCGCGUGCUGGCCGCCGGCGGCACCAAGGUCAUGUUCCUGCGCUGCGCCGGCUUCGACAUGAUCGACCUCAAGGUGGCCAAGGAGCUGGGCAUGCCCGUCAUCCGCGUGCCGGCCUACUCGCCGUACGCCGUGGCCGAGCACGCCGCCACGCUCAUGAUGACGCUGAACCGCAAGAUCCACCGCUCGUACAACCGCACGCGCGAGCAGAACUUCCGCCUCGCGGGUCUGCUCGGCUUCGACCUGCACGGCAAGACCAUCGGCGUUGUGGGCACGGGCAAGAUUGGCGCGCUCUUUGCGCGUAUCGCUGCCGGUUUCGGCUGCAAGGUGCUGGGCUACGACGUAGUGCAGAACCCGGAGGCGCUGAGCUACGGCGUCGAGUACGUCAGCCAGGACGAGAUCUGGGCCCGUUCGGACAUUAUUUCGCUGCACUGCCCGCUGUUCCCGUCGACCAAGCACACGAUCAACGCCGAGAGCAUCGCCAAGAUGAAGGACGGUGUGAUGCUGAUCAACACGAGCCGGGGCGGCCUGAUCGACACCAAUGCUCUGGUGGCCGGCCUCAAGAGCGGCAAGAUCUCUGCUGUGGGUCUCGACGUGUUCGAGGGCGAGGGCGACUACUUCUACUCGGACCGCUCGGGCGCUAUCAUUGCCGACGAGACUCUGGCUCGCCUGUUCACGUUCCCGAACGUGAUCAUUACCGGCCACCAGGCCUUCUUCACCAAGGAGGCUCUGGACAACAUUGGCCACACGACGAUGGCCAACAUCAAGGCGUACGAUGCCAAGGAGGAGCUGGUGAACGAGGUCAAGUGA